GUUUGAUCAUGCGUCCAUCGGUGACCUGGCAUUUCAAGUCGAUUUGAACAAGAACUCUGUCUCGUCUCUCACUUCUAGUCAUCAGUGGUUGUGGCUAAGCCUAUGUCGGUACUGCUCAAUUGUUCAAGAUAGAUCGGCCGUCUCAUCUGUAAGAUCUUGUUCUCAGAUCGGUAUUUCUAUCUCAACGAGCUCUUCGGUCUCUAGAUGGUCUCGUCGAAAUGCAAAAGCCUUUCCACCUCCAUCCUCCAUGAUACCUCUCCAUCUCACCAACGACUUCCUGCCACUCUAGUACGCUUCUCUACAACUCUGGCUACUUGUUACAACAUUUACAUUAUUUACAGGAACUGCAGGUAAUGAUCACGACCUCCUUCUAUCCUAUCCUAUCCUAUCCUAUCCUAUCCUAUCCUAUCCUAUCCUUAAGCACGAUCAUGAUUGAAGCCAUCGAACUUAUCGUCAUGAUUUUUGCAUACAUUGUUAAGUCGUAGGUCCAAUCCGAAUCGACUAGCAUCAUCAUCGCAUACUACAUUGUUAAAGGAUCGUAAAAGUCGCCUGAUGCACUUCGCCUUCCAGUGAGGGGAGUUCUUAUAGGGGAUGACCCGAUUGAAGAAGUGAACAAGGGGGUUUUUAUAUUUUUUUAGAUUUUUUUGUAUCUAUUGGAACUUCAUCUUUUCCUUGAAUCACACCGAAUAAGAAGGAAGUAUGGAUUCGACGACCCAGCAGCUGCGCGAGGUCGCAAUGCGUAGCAAUACGCGCGCGUUCUCGGCAGUUGCAAUCCGCGGCGGUCGACCGUGGCUGGAGCAUCAGGAUAGAAAAUGGGCAGCCAGCUCGUCCGGGCGGCCAAUAACGCCAUCAUAUCGAGCCAGCAAACUGCACGAACGAGCAACAAUGAAGCCGCACCACACGACAGCAGGGUCUAGUGGAAAUAGCGGAUAUGCCUACAACAAUGGGCAUGCGUCUAAUGGCGGUGGAAACGGAAAUACAACAGCAGGAGCCUCAGGAGGAUCUUCUGGCGCUACCGGCGCUUCAGGCGGUCACCAGCAGUACGGCAACACUGGACAUCAGCAAUAUCCCAGCACGCGUGCAGAAGUACUGCAUCUACUGAGCAAACGUCCUCAGUCUGCGUACAAUACGAACCGGAAACGUGUUCGCCCAGUAGUAAACCCGAAAAGUGGUGGUCAUGGUGCCUACUCGAAUCAUACGGAACGACCGACCACGUCAGAAGGUCAUCGCAGGUAUCAUGGUACGCAUCAUAACCAUCACGACCAUCAAACUGCAUCCUCCACGAAUCAAGACGCCAGAACCAACGCACUGCCGCAUCAUAUGAAAGACAGAGUUGAUGAAUUUGAAAUCUUACUCACUGUUCAUCUUCAAGAAGUCUCAGGUUGAUUGUUUUUUAACUCAAUUCUUGUCUAUGCCUAUGGUUUGUGUUUGUGAUCGCGCUUAAAGAUAUGAGAGUUUGUUUUGUUGAAUGAGAUCCUUUCUAAUGUUGAAACCCAUCUUGCCGGCAACACGACUGGCGCCGACGGUGGCCUUGUGGCCGUGAUGGCGACUGCGAUGGACUACAGACGCUAUAUGCACGAAAGGCGACAAGCCGCGCAGGCGACAGAAAAAAGGCGGCCUCAGACCAGUGGGGGACUCUAUUCCAGAGAAGGGUCUAAUCCUGGUGUAUCAUCAGGCGCAAGUGCUGGUGCAGGAGGUGCACCAGUAUCCUCGUCUGGAGCAGCUGGUGGAGCAAGUUCUUCCUCAUCUAGUUCGAUCCCAGGUGCAAGUGGUGUUUGGGCGACGUCAAAUGGCAGUGCAACUGGUGCUGCAUCGUCUGCGACUGCGGGCAAGAUGAACAGCAAGGGACCACUAGUGCAACAUCAACAGAUCAUGGGAGCAUCUGCAGUCAGUGGAACGUCAGGUGGAGGAGGAGUGAUCCCGACGACGACGCCAGGUGGUGGAUCUGCAACGACGCCAAACAAGCUGAAGCGUGCUUCUUCUAGUUCCGCAACAGAGGAGGAGCAAGAUGGGGUGAGCACCCGAUCUGGAACGACGAUACAGAAAGUGAGCACGUCGUUGGCCUCACUCCACAACAAUCACUCUCUGUCGAACAGCGCUAACCAUGCACCAGAGCAGCGGCCUACUUCAGCCCACAAUAUGAUUGCUAGCGCUGCAAGAGAUAGCUUCACCAACAGUUACUACACCAGUAAGGCCGCUGGUGCGUCGGGUAGUACUAGUACUACCCAGGUGGUCGGAGGUGGGAGUGGGUCGGCUUCAUCAGCUAGUGGUGCCGGAUCCGCUGGUGGUACACAGCCGUCUUCAUCAAGCAGCAACAACAAAGAGAUGCACUUAUUGAACAACCAGUCCUCUGGAGGCGCCGCAGUUCUUGGAAGUGCGAACACAGCGACGCCUUCAGAUAUGAACGUCGGAGGCGGUGUCGUGGACAGCAGUUUCCGAACGAGCUUUACGGCUAUGUCAUCGCCAGGAAAGGCGUUCACGACCUCCUCUCUCGGCGCCGGACAGCACAUCGAGUUCAAUACUCCGGGUGCAGCGACGAACUCCUCAGGCUUGCUAGAUCAACAUCAUAGUGGCGCAAAAAAUCCAAAUGGCACAUCAUCAUCGAACAUCGCGCCUCCUUCUAUGCCGCAUAGCGCUGGUGCUGGAGGUGGUGCAACUUCGUCGAGUGCUAAUUACGGGCAUGGCCAACACCAUCAAGGCUCAGCAGCUGGUGGGGGAGGUACAACAUCGUCCGCUAAUGGCGCAUCAGGAGGACAAACAGGACAGCACAACUAUGGUGACCCGAUUACUCUUCGACCAGACAACAUCCUCAGUUUACAGCAACAGGCAGCAAACGCGCAACGUCCAACCACAGCACCGCAAGCAGGCGGCGCCAGUAAGCCAGAUAGAGUGCUCCAGAAUGCUGGCCAAGGCAAAGAACACGACAGUUGGCACGAAGGUGGCGGUGGCGACAAUGAAAAUUUUAUGUUUACAUCAUCAAACCUAGGGAUAGAUCAUGAGUCUGUACCUCUACCUACUCAUACUCAAUGGCUAGAAAAAUGGUAUGAUCAUGAUUGAUUGAGCACGUUAGGUGACUAGCCUCUGGUCUUUUGCUAUGGAUGAUCUUUUGUGGGCUAGGUCAGCGGGGGCGCAGUCGUGCUCGCACAGUCCAGAGCUGGCCCGGGGUCUGUGUGUUCCCCCGUUAUCCAGCACCGCCGCUCGUUAGACGGCCGCGUAUAGUUGACUGACCCACGAGGACGACGAAACUUUGCCUCUAAUCCCCACGGCGGUGCCCUUGCGAACAUCCAGAGCAGUACCACAAUCCAUGACUACAUCAUCGGCAAGCAGAUCGGACAGGGUGCCUACGCAACCGUGCGCCUAGCCAUGCACAAACCUAGUGGAAAGAAGGUCGCCAUCAAGAUCUACGAGAAGUCCAGACUUUUAGACCCUCAAAGACGAAAAAGCGUUCGUCGUGAAAUCCGCGUGAUGGAUCGGUUGUCACAUGCGAACGUUGUGAAGUUUUACGAGGUUGCAGAUACAAGCAGACAGGUAAGUAGAUUUGAAUAGUUUGAUUUGUACCAGCUGUUGAUUUGCACCUUUUUUGGGCUAGUUCUGCUACAACCUUACCUCCUUGUUGCGCGACCUCAAUUUCCGGCUCUAUUGAGGUUAUCUUCUUUGGCCGCAUCGCAGUCGUCAAUUACAACUCUCUUCUUCAACAUCUUCUCAAUCAACAGGUCUUCCUCGUCCUGGAGUACAUCAACGGUGGAUCAUUGCACUAUUUGCUGAAGAAAAGGCCAAACCGACGGUUGACAGAGAUUGAUGCGAGGAUGAUAUUCACUCAAGUCUGCGCAGGCAUCCGAUACUGCCACGAGCGGCUUGUUGUUCAUCGAGACAUCAAGCUAGAAAAUGUUUUGGUACUCUUGUUGUGCUGGUCACGAUACAACUUCUUGCAUGGUCGUAAUCGCAAUAGUGUGACGUGUCGUCCGUAUUAUAAGUACUGCUCCUAAAUAAAUAUAUGUUGUCUACUCGUAGUUAUAGUUUACGUGAUGAUUCAUCUCACGACCUUGUUGAUGUCGACCGCCAUCGACCGCGCACACCACUUUCACCAGGUGCAAUAUCCAGACCGCGCAGUGGCGCACAACCAGCAACUUGCAGUUACGUCUUCAGGCCACCUCGAUCCGCGACAAAUCGUCGUGAAGUUGAUCGAUUUCGGCUUCGCUUCCCUGGUCGUUCCAGGAAAGAAACUACGUGUCUUCUGCGGAACUCCAAGUUACAUGGCACCCGAAAUUAUCCAGAGGCGGGAAUAUGGAGGGUAAGAUAGACGAUUUUUUACCACCAACCAACUUCUACUUCUACAUUCUUGCACGUGAGCUCCACUAGUAACAGACACACGUUUAUUUCUUUCGUCGAUUUCCAAUUAGUACAACAUCUCCUGCUGACCAAAAUAAAGGUAUUGUGUGGAUAUCUGGGCGUUGGGAAUUUUGCUAUAUGCAAUGCUCUUCGGGCAAUUUCCAUUUCGCGGUCAGUCUGACAAGGAGCUCUACAAACGCAUUCUCAAGGUACUAACAAUGUGAUGGUUUUUUUGGGCGGACGUAGUUUCCAAAAAAAAAAUAGUACUACCUACACACAAAUCGACGUCCUCGUUAUUUCUAUUUGCAUGUUGUCAUGUUGUAGUUCUUAGUUCUCAACAGCCUCGAUUCAUCCAAGAUGAACUUCUCUCGCCACUCACAACAGGGCGCCUUCCAGUUCCCCGAGCAGAUCGAGCAGGAGGUAUCGAAGAACGCGAAGGCUCUGCUAGGAAAAGUGUUUGUGAAUAUGGAAGUGCGUCCGACGAUCCAGCAGGUUGUCCAGGACGCGUGGAUGAUGGAGGGCAGACCCUCAACCGGCAGUGGCUAUCGAGAUCGGCCUAAUACGAGCUCCUCCACUACUAGUCCAGGCGGAACAAGGACGAGUUGUACUUUGAAAAUGAUUUGAUACUUACUUAUUUUGAAAUUAAUUGACUGGGAGGUUGACGUGUACUUAGUUGUAUUUACCUCUAGGAGGUGUAGUUUUUCUCAUUUCUAGCACGGUUCUCGACGCUAACUUCAAAGCUUAUUGUCAUCUGACUUGUAACUUGUACCACUUCGGCACUAAAAUUUCGUUUCUCAUCGUCCCACCCGCCCUCCUCAACAACAGCUGCUCCAUCUUCCCGACCGGGCACAGCUGGUGGUAUGGGAGGGUCAGGCAUGCCAUACCCAUUGCGAGAAGAGGCUAUUUCUAAGUUAGAGAAGCUUGGGUAUGCUCGCGAAGACAUCCUACGUCAGAUGAAGGAUGAGAAUUCUCACCUUUGUAAACUGUACACACGGUUUGUCAAAGCGCUUAAUGCGUGGGGAAAAUAGUUGACACCAAAGGAGAGCGACGUACUCGUUAUGUGAGUAGUCGUUCUCGUUCUACUUCUAGACGGUAUCAUCUUCUACCAGUAAAUAGUACUAGAUACAUAGUCAGAAAUUGAAAUACUAGAUUUUUGAUGCUCGUCUUUGUUAACAGCAUGGUGCGAAAAUUAAUCUUAUCAAUCUAUAUCUAAUCAACACCGAUGUCAUCUCAAUUUUUGAGAAAUAGAGACACAGAAGAGUUGCUUAUUUGCAUUACCUAUUACAUCAUGAAUAGCACACUUAUACAUGUAGAACUUGUGGAAUUUCCGCUAAUAUACAACAAUUUGAGGUUCAGCAAUAUUGACGACUAUCUUCUACACGUAAUGACCAAUAUUUGUGUUCAUGGCAAUUUGCUACUACCGGCAUGCUAUCCUGAUUUCGAACCUACUUAUCUCUGCAACAGCAAUCUAGGACUUAAAGAUUGAAACGUAGUCUAUCUUCAUCAAUCAUAAUUACCUUCAUUUAUUCAGCAUCAUGAACACGUCGUAUGAGUAUUUUCUUAUAGUAACAACAAUAGCCGUACACGUACUAGUAGUUAGUGUUAGUCUUAGUGUUAAACUCGAAGUAAUAUCGAUGAAAAGGACACGAGUCGUGUCAUGCACAGUUUGAUGUACAACUUUCUGACAAACGUAUUAUGAAAAGUAAAAUCGACAAAUUACAAUCGCGAUUAUGCUCGUUUCUGCAACAAAUUUCGACAACAAAGACCGGCUUGCAGAGCUGUGCUGCUAGAAGAAUCUUCCAUUCUUGAUAAUUUGGUUUGUAACGCAUCGUAUGUCAUGUUCACUAAUUGAUUUGAACUACAGAUCAUACAUAGGACUAUGUUCUGUAUUUUACGUAAUCUUCUGUAACUGCUUCAAAAAAGCAACAUCGAGACUAGCGAGGAGGAGAGGAUCAUGAGCCAGGCCUCGUACAUGCCAAGGCAGUUUCCUUCGGGGGAUGCGAGUGAGGAUUAAGCAAAGACGCAGAUUGACGCCUGAGCCUUGCAAAUUAUGAUUUAAGUCUGGUGUUGUUUUCUAAAUGUAAAUUGUAUACUACUUUUUUUGGUCGUUUAGGUUGUCUGAUCAUGUAUACACGAAAAGAUUCGCUAUUUUUUGGGAAUAAUGUAGUUAUGUAGUUCAAUUAUUUGCUGUAUUAUAUCGAAAAUUCGUAUAGUUUAAGUUUAUCAACCUUGGGGCUGCUUGAUCGAGAUAGUUUAACAAGAUUGAAAAACUUAUUCCAAGUACGUACGAUAGAGAACUAGAUGUGACGAGCAAAGAACCGGAAUCAGGAGCUAAAACUAAGAUUGAAAACAAUGCUAUCAACUUGUAUUGCAAGUAAAUGCGCUUCCGAAUGAAGAUUGAUGAAU